AUGCUGGCUGAGAAACAGCCAGGGAUGCUUUCCAGUACCAUAGAGUCAAACCCAAGGGAGCAUGUCAAGGCCAUCACCUUGAGAUCAGGUAAGCAAUUAGCUAGUUCCUUACCUAUGGCUGAUAAUGAUGUUAUUAUGCAGGAUGAGCCAGCUAAGAAGAUGGUAGAGCCUGUGCAAACUGAGGACAAGAAGAAGAGUCGUGUGAGGGAAUACCAGCCUCCAAUUUCAUAUCCUGCCAGGUUGAAGCAGGAAAAGGUUGAUCAGCAGUUUGGUAAGUUUUUAGAUUUAUUUAAGCAGCUGAGGAUUAACCUACCUUUUGUUGAGGCUAUAUCACAGAUACCUAGGUAUGCUAGGUUCCUGAAAGAGAUUCUAAGCAACAAGAGGAAGCUGGAGGACUUGGGACUUGUGACAUUAAAUGAGGAGUGCUCAGCCAUUCUUCAAAACAAGCUGCCAGUAAAGAGGCGUGAUCCAAGGAGUUCCAUUGUUCCCAAUUUGAGUGAGCCUAAACCUACUUGGAUGAGCAUACAGUUAGCAGAUAGGACUGUGAAAUAUCCUAGGGGAAUAGUUGAAAAUGUACUUGUUAAGGGUGAGAGUAGCGUGCCUUUAAUUCUAGGUAGACCUUUCCUUGCAACAUUUAGGGCUGUUAUAGAUGCAUGUGAUGAGAAGUUACAGCUUAGAGUAGGUGAUGAGACUAUUACCUUUAACCUUAGCACUUUUAUGAGAUAUUCACUUGACCAUGAUGAUACUAUAUAUUCUAUGGAUGUUUUGGAUGAUAUUGUGGAGUCUCAAUUGCAGGAGAUAUUAUUUGAUGACCCUUUGCAGGUAGCAUUACAGGUUGAAGAUGAGGAGGAGUUGUCCAAUGAGGAUGUGUUGGAACAACUUGCUUGUUUGUUGGUCAAGGUGCAGAAAUUGAGACCUUCACUUGAGGAGCCACCAGCCCUAGAGUUGAAGGAGUUGCCUAAGCACUUGACCUAUGCCUAUUUGGAUGAGGCGGAGAAGCUGUCGGUAAUCAUUGCAGCUGAUUUGACUCCUGAGGAGAAGGAGAUGACUUUGGCUUCUCUUAUGAAGUAUCCCGAGGCCUUUACAUACAAGAUUGCAAACACUCUUGGAAUCAACCCCAACUGUUAUUCGCAUAAGAUCCUGAUGGAGGAUAAUUACAGGGUUGUGCCUAAGAAGGGAGGCAUGAUGGUGAUUAAGAACGAGAAGGAUGAGCUAAUAUUGACUAGGACGGUUAUUUUCAUAUUCUCAUUGCAUUUUAGGACCAAGAGAAAACCAAUUUCACUUGCCCCUAUUAGCGUUGCGCGCUAUGUAGAAGCUAACCUUGUGCUGAAUUGGGAAAAGUGUCAUUUUAUGGAAAAGGAGAGUAUUGUGCUAGGGCAUAAGAUUUCACAUGCAGGGAUGGAGGUAGAUAGAACUAAGGUAGAGACCAUUGCUAAGUUGCCACCUCCUAGCUCGGUUAAGGCUAUUAGGAGUUUCCUUGGUCAUGCAGGUUUUUAUAGAAGGUUCAUCAAAGAGUUUUCUAAGAUUGCUAGAUCUUUGACUCAAUUGCUUGUAAAAGAUGUUCCAUUCAUAUUUUCUGAUGAUUGUUUGCAGGCUUUUGAGUUACUUAGGGAGAAGCUAACUACAACCCCUAUUAUGCAAGAUAUUGACAGAUGCCCAGGAGUUACUGAGAAGGAGUUGCUUCCUGUGGUAUACGCUUUCGACAAGUUUCGCUCACACUUGGUACUAUCUAAGACCGUGGUCUACACGGAUCAUUCGGAUAAGAAGGGUGCAGAGAACUCGGCCGCAGAUCACCUUUUGAGAUUGGAGAACCCGAGCCUAGAUGCACUUGAUGAAAGGCCUAUUGAUGACAGUUUUUUAGAUGAGUACUUAUGCUCUAUUAAGGUGAUUCGGCGAUGCGUGUAUGGGGAGGAGAUCCUCCAGAUUUUGAGGCAUUGCCAUGAGGGACCAACGGGAGGUUAUCAAGCAGCUAACCACACUGCUAGGAAGAUUCUUGAUGUUGGAUUCUAUUGGCCGACCAUCUUUCCAGAUGCUAGAGCAUUUGUGCAGCACAGGAAGUUGGAUAUGUGCUACCUCGUAGCCAGUCAGAUCAGGACCUUCAUGAGGGAGUCCAAGAAGAUACAUCUCUGUUUUGGCCCCUACAUCACACGGUUGGCUAGGAGGUUGGAUGUUCUAGAUGGUUGUUUGAGUGAGCUGACUCAGAUAGGAGAUAUGUUACUAGUGGGAGUCCGCCAGAUGAUUAACAUGCGGAUGAUGACAGCUUCUCAGUGGCCCCAUAGAAUAGAGUACAGAUUAGUCAGUCGGGUCUUGCGGAAGGCUAGGGAGGCCAGAGCUAGGGCACAACAGGACCUAGCUGUAGACAUACCAGAGCUACGACCUCGAGACAUACUUGACGUGCACUUCACUGAGUUUAGGCAGUUCCGGAAGGAGACCGGAGCACAGCUCCAAGGUUUUAACGAUGUACUGCAGCAGCUCUUGGAGGGCCUCGAGAGACAGGUUACACAGGAUGAUGGAGUGCAGCGAUUCUUUAAUAAUCUGGGUGAUAUUGAGCUGGACCUCAGUGAUUGUUUUCCAGAUGCAACCCAGCCUCCACCAGUUCCAGCUGCCACUCAGGACCCUCCAUCGUCUACAAGCACAGCUCCUACCGAGGAUGCGCCGAUGCCCCCACCAGCCUCACCUUCCACUUAG